UGCAGUUGUACAGUACUCUGUGCUGUUGCGGAAGUCAUACUUAUGUCUCGCUUUGUCUAUAGCAGUAAUCGAGUACUUUGACUAAUUAGGCAGUCUAAAGUGGUCAGGUCACGCGUUUUUGAAUUGCAAAAUUUUGUUUAACUUAUAUACCAUUGACCCCACAGUGAGUUUCGCGUUGUAUGAUGGUAAAGUGUAGGUGCUCUGCCGAAAUUUUUGCCUCGAUUCUGUCGAAUGAGUAUGUCCGUACGCAACGGAGCACCGCCGGGCAAGGAACAAUCGGACAGAUCAUUUAUUGGGCCGUGCGUGCCCGAUUCUAAAAUGGAUUCAAGAAAUACUGAGCUCAUUUCCGGAAGAGCCAGCACGAACACGAUACACGAAGGCCUCACGCCACAAUUUACAGACCAACCAGAAAAGAAAACAACAAAUGUCGCGAGAAGAGAGAACUCGACGAUUGAUGGACUGCAAGAAACUUUUGAUGAUGUCAUUGCUGACGUUCACAGAGAUAGAAACUCUCAGACCGAUGCUGAUGUCUUCCAUUCAAGGGGAGACACUGAAGCGCCCACACGCGCGUAUAAAGACACAACAACAAGGCCGUCAGUACCUGUUGUUAUACCUAGUGCAGCCUCGCCAAGAUUAGGCAACACAACUCAGGAAGAACACAGGGGUCCUACAGACAGCCGAGAAGAGCUAACAGUCACCAGUAUCUCAUCUUGCGGGUCUGACUGGAAGUUACUUAACAGUUCAGACCAGGACGCCGACUUCAAUCCGCCGAGGCUAGCAUCGGGAAGAAUACGGCAAGAUCCCGGCCGCAGGACUACCGCAAAGCGGCGGACGCUCGGCUCGUUUUCCCGUACUCGACACAGUAGUCAACAAAACACUCGAAACUCAGGAAGAGACUCUACCAGUUCGUCGGAUAACGCGAUCUUUCAGGACAGCAGGAUGACGAUAAGCGAUGAUGGCUCAGGAACGCAACGUGAUGAUGCGAUAGAGGUGGUAGAAGACAUCAAAAUACCUGUUGUAGCGGAUCCGGCUGUACGUAUUGAAGAUAACACGCAGGAUUCUCCCGAGUACUCGGAAAUUCCCGAUGUUUCCCGAAUACACGUACCUACAGAACCCGUGGCCACAGUUGAUCCGUGGGUGAGGUCUAACAACGAAGUUGCAACUGGUGGCACCACAGUACGUUUUAUAGACGCGAACCAACACCCUACAAGUGCAUAUCCCCCUGACCACAUUACUGAACACCAGCGUGCACCCCAUACGCCGCAAAACUAUUCGGCAAACUAUGCAGGGAAUACUAGACCGGCCAGGAGAUCGGAUAGUCAGGAAGAACUUGAUCAAAUCGCCUCCAACCGUUCGCGCAUGCGCACAACGUCGAGCGGACCAAACGCCGACGAGUCAGAGCUUCGAGAACGAAUUAGAAACGACAUGGAGUUACUGACACGCCCCAGUUGGUGCGAUGCUAGAUUUGCUUUGUCGCGUCUCGACCAGGAUAAAGCUACUGGGAACAGAUACGCACUCAAGCUUCGGUCUUUCUUACACCGUGUCCUCUUCAAGUUUGGAUGUUUCAUUCAGCGCAACGCAGCAUACGUGCUUAUUAUUGGUAUCCUAGCUCUUGCUGGAUGUUGUAUCUGCCUCAAGUUCGCUCACAUGGAAACCGACAUCUCGAAACUUUGGGUGGAAACUGGCGGAAAACUUGAAGACGAACUGAAAUAUACAGCCAGCCAGUCCUCUUCUGGCUCCGAGUCCUCCGGAUUUACUCUCCAGAUGAUGAUGCAAGCCGGAGAAGACAUCACUGAUCUAGACUCGUUAAAACUUCACCUUGAUGCGGCGAUCGCUGCCACCAAAGUUACGGUGGUUAUGUACAACCAGACGUGGUCCUUCAACGACGUAUGCUACAAGCAGGCUAUUCCAGGCGACGAAGACAGUAGCGGGAGUUUUAUUUUGUCGACCCUGGAGCGUGUGUUCCCAUGCUUUAUCAUUGGUCCACUGGAUUGCUUCUGGGAAGGUUCGAAACUUCUUGGCCCAACACCCCCAAUCUACUUAGGCCCGACAAUGUCAGAUAUUACAUGGAAGUCCAUGAACCCAUUAGGACUUAUCAACACGUUUAGAGAAGCCCUCAGUGAAUCGAGCAUCGCACCAGAACUCAACGAAUAUUACGAGCUUAUGUUACAAGCUGGUAUUACCAACGGUUACACUGAUCGUUGGUGUUUGGACCCAAUGGACGACGAAUGUCCAGAGACAGCACCUAACUAUCAUUCUAAAGAGCUUCCUGACGUGAAAUCAAUUUUAAAAGCUGGCUGCAGUGGAUUCGCAACCAAGGUGAUGCAAUGGCCUUUGGAUUUAAUUGUGGGUGGAAUAAAAUACAAUGGUACUGGGGCAAUUGAUAGUGCUCAAGGUCUCCAAACUCUGUUCCAACUCAUGGGUUCAACCAACAUGUACAAUUUCCACAACUCGAUCAAAGGGGGUCCCACUUGGUCCUUACAAAAGGCAGAGGCUGUUUUGUUGGCUUGGCAAAGAAAAUUUGCAGACACUCUGUUCGCCAUUAAAUCAAAAAAAGUCGAAGAUAAAAUCUACGCAUUCACGGGUGCGACAGCUACCGAUAUUUUGAACGAAUUCUCGAAUAUGAGCACGAUGCGAGUAGUUGGCGGUUACUUGCUUAUGAUUGGUUAUGCCUGCUUAUCACUUAUGAGAAGUAAAGCAUCAAGGUCCCAAGGCUUGGUUGGAAUAUUAGGUGUGGUUCUCGUAGCGCUUUCUGUAGCUGGGGGUCUUGGUAUUUGUUCAGCCAUUGGAAUUAGUUUUAAUGCAGCUUCAACGCAGGUUUUACCCUUCCUUAUGCUGGGCCUGGGUGUUGACGACAUGUUUCUGAUGGCACAUCACUUCGGAGAGAUUGCUGUGUUAAGCUACAUCCCAUUCAGCGAACGAACCGGCGAAUGUUUGAAGCGAGUUGGUGUGAGCGUUUGCUUGACCUCAGUAGCAAUUCUAUCAGGAUUCCUGUUUUCUCUCAUUAUUCCCAUGCCAGCACUACGGGCGUUCGGGUUACAGGCAGCAGUCGUGACCGUAUUCAACCUGUUCUCCGUUCUUGUCAUUUUUCCAUCAAUUUUGAGCCUUGACCUGCAACGUAGAAGAAACAAUAAACUCGACAUUUUCUUCUGCUUUGACAGCAAAGGAGUAAACGACGUAGUUGACAUAAGUGCACAAAGCAACGCUGCAAGACACCAGCAACAAUGUCCAGCACAUCACCCACCAGUGUACAACUGCUCUCCCUUACCUGGUAGCACCCUACCCGUUGUAGAAGGCACAGAAGCUACCAUUACCAUGCACCACACUGUGCAGGCUUACUCGAAUCGGUCAUUUGUUACCGUACUCGGACCAGUGACCGAAACUGCCGUUGCAACCGACCCACCAGCCCCAUCUACCGGCACUCCACCAUAUACUGAGACCCCGCGGACCCCGCCACCCCAAUACACAUCGAAAGUCGAUGAGACCCUCUCGCAAAAAGUGACGCCUAUAUCAAACCGACCAAGAGUGGCAUUCGUGAAUACGAAUGAGUCAUCCGUACCCUACACCACACGGACACCAGUCGGGCAGAGAAGUGCGUAUUCAGUCACCCCUGUGUCCGGACGUACAAGCCGAAGAAGUAACGGAAGUAACCCUCCAACCAACCUUACCACGCCCAUGGAGAGCGUACGGAGCUCCACACACAGUCUGGUUCCUAAUAGACGACGCCGCGCCAACAGUGGAUUCUUAUGCUGGCCAAACAGAGCCGUUCGUUCCGGGUCGGUGUACGCCUGCCUCGCUACGCUCCCGUCACUCACCCUCAGCCAGUUGGGGGAAAGAUACUAUGCACCAUUCCUGCUGAGAAACCCGGUCCGGAUAACGGUCCUCGUGCUGUUCGCUGGUAUUCUGGGUGUUUCUAUAUACGGCACGACAGUUGUGAAGGACGGUUUGGACUUGGGUGACGUUCUUCCUCGUGGCACCCGUGAACAUGACGCUAUUGUAGUCCAAACAACUUAUUUUUCAUUCUUCAAUAUGUAUGUUGUCACCAAAAACUUCGACUACGCAAGCCAGCAGCAAAACUUGUUCGAUUUGCACAGUAAAGUUGGGAACAUUAGUUACGUGAUGAGACAGACAGACGGAACUGUAACGAAGUUCUGGUUACAAUACAUGAGGGAUUGGCUGUUAGACCUGCAAGACAACUUUGACGAAGCUUGGCGACUCGGGCAUGUCAACGCAUCCACGUGGAUGGCGCAAGCAUCUGAUAAAACGGUGCUCGCUUACAAACUGUUACUACAGACAGGUCGAGCUGAGGAACCCACCGACCCCGGACGUAUAGGCUGUCCCAACAACAUGGUUUCGUGUGAUCGAGUGGGCAGAAUAAGACUCGUUUCAGACGAUGGCCUCAUCCCAGAAGACGCGUUUUAUAACUACUUAUCGGCGUGGGUGGGUAACGACCCACUAUCAUAUGCUGCUGCCCAAGCGUCCAUUACACCAGCACCAGUAUCCUGGAAACACAAACGAGACUUGAACAUGAUAAUCCCGAGGUCUCAAAGCCUUACAUUCGCUCAGAUGCCGUUUUAUUUGAACGGUCUCCAAGAAAACGAGGAUUUCGUCAGCGUUAUUAAGUCCGUAAGAUCGGUUUGUGAAACGAUGGCUGCGACAACAGAAGUUUCUUCCUAUCCCAGUGGUUACCCAUUUACAUUCUGGCAACAAUACAUCGAUCUUCGCUACUGGUUGUUCGUAUCACUUGGCUGUGUGAUUGCUGCCGUGUUCGUCGUUCUUUCUAUCGUCCUGUUUAACCCCUGGGCAGCGGCAAUCAUGGCUCUUUUCCUUGCAAUGAUAGCAACUGAACUGUUGGGUUUCAUGGGAGCAGCUGGUGUGAAACUGAGCGCUGUACCUGCAGUAAUACUGGUGGCAUCUAUCGGGCUUGGAGUGGAGUUUACUGUCCAUAUUACGUUCGCCUUUAUCACUUCGUGUGGGUCUAGGAAAGAGCGUGUCGUGCAUAGCAUCGGCCAUAUGACGGGGCCAGUGGUGGACGGAGCGGUUUCAACUCUCCUUGGUGUUGUGAUGCUAGCUGGUUCAGAAUUCGACUUCAUAAUAAAAUAUUUUUUCCAAGUCCUUGGCAUUCUAAUUCUUCUUGGGGUGUUAAACGGUUUAGUGCUUCUACCUGUCGUCCUCUCGUUUAUUGGACCUCCUCCAGAAGUCACCCCUAUUGGGGGUGGGGGAAGAUUAAAAACCCCAACACCACCACCGUCGCCGCCACCCGUCGAACCAGAAUGCAGAUGUCACUUUAGGUCAAGAUAUCGUAACAGCAACAACAGCAGCAAUUAUCGCUGUCACAGCCAUAGAUGCUGCCAACACUACCAGCAUUACAAUCAUGGGUUACAACGGACGUGUUCACAUCGUAGCGGGGUGCAAGUCCGCCGGGAAUGCGGCCCUGGAUGCCGCCCAGCACCGUACCGUGGGGGUCCAACCCACGACCCGCAAUGGCACGGUUCCUGCCGCAGCACCACCAUGCGGAGUUCAAUACGACAGACCCACCCACACGCGGUGCCGCAAUCGAGCCGCUAUGAAGACCAUGGGCGGACUUAUGUUUAUCCUAGAGGCGAAUACGUCGUUUACUCCACUGGCAACACUCCGCCUAAUGAGCAAGCACACGAGUAUCACUGUGAGACUGAGCCGUCUACCAGGCUAUCUUUUCAACCAAUACACACCCCAAGUAAUGAAGGCGCAACAUUUAAGGGGAAAAGCAGCAACUCAGUUGGAGGGGUUCCUAAUGUUGCUGAAGGACCGAUCGCAACCGUAUCUACUACGUCAUCGGUUACAGUUAAAUUCCCAUCCACACGAAGACAGAGAGUCGUCGCUUUCGUAGAGCCUGCUCCCUCCUCGUCGUCUUCCUCAUCUUACGACCAACCUCCGGACAAUCUUCCGCAUCCUGACUUAGACAUGAUGAUGUCCUCCACUUCCGACAGAAUCCAACCUCUCCGGACACAUCGGAGAAGAUUCGACAUCUCUGCACUUGAUGAUGUUACUGCACCAAGAUAAAAGAUGAAACUUCCUUUAAAGAGUCGAUACAUAGAGACAUCAGCCAACGAUUGAAGUGUUCUUCAAUAUAUACCCGUAGUGCGUCCGCCACACAAGGUGUAUGUAUUCCGCUGCCGCAUAACUUAUCGUUCACCCGCUAAAUUGCCAUUGAUUUUAAUGUACAUUUGUACAGGCACUCUGGCGUCCGACGCGAAUUCCUACCGCUCGUUAUUGAAUCCCUCCCAACCCUUUUCAUUCAUUGUGUAUCUUCGUAUUGUUAUUUUAUUCCGAGUAAAUACGAACUCAUUAUGCCAGUGCUUUAGAAACUGCCACUAAAUGCGUAUCCCUUCCUGCCUUCACCGAAUCCUAACAGCAAGCAAUAUAAGCUUUACCCAACGAUCAAUCAUAUUCAAUGUACCAACCUUCCAUAUAUAUUAUAUACCAGCACAACUUUUAGCCAUACACCAUUUUAAGUCGUAUCGACAUUUUUUGCCGUUGUUCUUGUUUAAAAAGUUUUAUUCUCUUGUUUUAUUUAUUAAUCUUAAGUUGUGUCUUUGUUAUUUUUGCUGUUUUUUUUCAUCCGUCCUUCUUCAUCGUUGCCAUAUAUGUUGGGCCGCAUUUGGAAAUUGCGUACCCUAUUACUCGCAGCUGGAACAUUAUAACGUUGUUGUUAAAGUCACAAAGUUUACAUACCUCAGUUUAUUCUCAGAAUACAUUCCACCAACGUGUGCAAAA